UUUCUAAGAUCAGUAGUAGUUUUCUGAUCUCUGCAAAAGCUAAACCAAGUUAGUGAAUAUUAAAUCAACAAAACAUGAAAGUCUUUACAUCAACAGUUGUUUUAUUCGCCAUUUUGGCCGGAUGCUAUGGAUACUCUUACAUUGUUCCAGCUAGUUUAAGCAACCCUGGAAUUUGCUUCUGGAAUGGAAAAGUUUUACCACAAGGUAACAGCCAGGUUCCCGGAGUGUGCCAAAACACCAAGUGCAAUGUUGAUGGAUCAAUCCAAAUUGAUGGAUGUGGCCCAAUUACCCUCCCCAAUUGUACCUUAAUCGUUGAUCCAACUUCAGUAGUAUCCUACCCCGAUUGCUGUGACAUGACUUACCAAUGCAUUGAUGCCGAUGGAAACAUUUACACCAAAGUAUGGAAUCAACUCUACCCCAAUGGAAAGCCUGAUGUUCAAAAAAUCAAGACCAUCAAUCUUAAACAAGCUAUUCAACAAGCUAAACUAGCUCAAGCUGAAACCCAAAAAGAAGGAAAGGUUGUUUCUCCUUUCAUCUUGCAACUUUUGUUAGUUUAAAAAUAAGAUCCUGUGAAUUACCCUUAACCAAAGUAAAAUAUUAAUUUUGUGUGUGUAAAUAACCCUAAACUCGAAAAAUAAACUUAAAUUUGUAUUA